AUGGAUUCCGACUCGGACGGCGAAUUUGAACGGUUUCUGCAGGAGGACGAAGACUCGCUGUCUCCUGAGCCUGCGAAGCGCAGAUCGCAGCCUGGCGGGGCAUAUACGACGUCGAAAGCUUCAGCAGUGACGGCAGCUGCAGCUGCGCUACUGGCGUCGUCAAAACUGAGCAAAAGUCACAAAAGUAAGAGUAAAGGUAAGAGCAAGAGCUCUGACAAGAAGAAAAGUGGGAAGAAAUCGUCCAAGACACAAUUUUCGGACUCCGAAGAGCCCCCUCCGAGCUACUACGAUGACUACUCGACGGGGCGAGGUGGCGAGCUAGAGGAUACAGAGUACGUUAUGAGCUGA